GCGUCCGGUCAACAGGGAUUGCCUUCACUGCUCCCAAUGCUAAGAUGAAGUGCAUCAGCAUUACUCUGCUCCCGAUCAUAUGCGUGGCUCUGUCGAUUGCCCAAUAUAAUGGACAGAAUCCAUAUCAAACACAAGCACAGCCACCAGACCAAGUAGGAGGACCACCGCCACAACAUCCACCGAUACCACAGGGCCAAGUAGGAGGACCAGCAGCAGAACAAUUGCCACAACAUCAGCAAAUACAACCAGGCCCAGUAGGAGGACCAUCAGCAGAGGCAGCCCCCCCAUCAGGUGGAAAAGGUGGAGGGAAUAUCAAUAAGAAUACCAACAAUAUCAAAGUUGGUCGUAAAUAGAUUUAUGGUUUAGACAGAUAAUCUUGCAAAUGAUAAAUGAUAAAAACUGAUAA